CAGCUCACAGGCUUGAAAGAACUCUGGUUAUACCACACAGCAGCUAAAAUUGAGUCUCCAGCCUUGGCUUUUCUCAGAGAAAAUCUCAAAUCUCUACACAUUAAAUUUACAGAUAUUAAAGAGAUUCCUUUAUGGAUCUAUAGUUUAAAAAACCUUGAGGAGUUGCACCUCACUGGGAACUUGAGCGCUGAAAACAAUAGAUAUAUAGUCAUAGAUGGUCUCCGUGAACUUAAGAGGUUGAAAGUGUUGAGACUGAAGAGUAACCUUACCAAACUGCCCCAGGUGGUGACUGAUGUAGGUGUCCAUCUGCAGAAGCUUUCAGUAAACAAUGAAGGCACCAAAUUAAUGGUUCUCAACAGUCUUAAAAAAAUGGUGAACCUAACUGAGCUAGAACUGGUACGCUGUGACUUGGAGAGGAUCCCACACUCCAUUUUUAGUCUUCACAAUCUUCAGGAAAUCGAUUUGAAAGACAACAAUUUAAAAACCAUUGAGGAAAUCAUCAGCUUCCAGCACCUACAUAGACUCACUUGCUUGAAGCUCUGGUACAACCAUAUUGCCUACAUACCCAUUCAGAUUGGCAAUCUGGCAAGCCUUGAGCGCCUGUAUCUUAACCGCAACAAAAUUGAUAAAAUACCACCACAACUGUGCUACUGUCGAAAGCUGCGACAUCUAGACCUGAGCCACAAUACCCUAACAAGCAUCCCGGCUGAAAUUGGCCAGCUCCAGAACUUGCAGUUUUUUGCUGUAACUGCCAACCACAUCGAAAACUUGCCCCCUGAGCUGUUCCAGUGCAAGAAGCUACGCACCCUUAACCUC